GAGACAGCCUUGUAUCUAGUAGGGAGUACUCCAAACACCAAACCUGCAAACGAACUUUCAGAGCUCGCUCUGCUGCUGUAGUCCCAUGACCAAACAACCGGAAAUAUUCGCCAGUUACCAAACAACAUGAUCUCAUCCCAUCCAUCGCCUACCCGCUGAGGAGAGACCGGUGCACCAACAACAGUGGAGACUUCAAACGCCGUAGCAUACGUACGUACAUCAGAUACUGUAUGAUGUAUGCGAAUUUUCCGUUCGUCGGGCUCCAGAUUUGCGGUAGGUUCGGGGUUGUUCAGAGCAACAAUCACGGACGAGCCCCCGGUAACAUGCGUCACCAUCUCAGAUGUCAACUCUCCAGCCCGGCCGGCGUGCGAAACAUGCCACAGAUCCAACAGCUGAUCCAGUCCAGACCGCGCCCGAUUCAUCAUCAACACCGAAAGCCCAAACCCACUGUGGCUGCUGAUCUCAGCCGGCUGCCCGGCUCGAUCGACCAACCCCUGCAACCACAACGCGAAAGCGACGUUUCCAAACUCGAAUCGGCUCCACCGUUGCAGUUUGAGCCCAGCUAGCUAGUUAAUCGAUUGAUUAUAUCGGAUUAAUCAAUCCAGGCACGGGUGGUGGUGUGUACGUGUGAUAUAUAGGAGUAUAAACAUAGCGCGAGCGGCCCAUACCCAACAACAAGCCAACCGCCAACACAGCCGGACACCAACCUGUGGUCGCGACGCCACCCGGCCGUAUAAAUCCACGCCGCCCCGUCGCCGCCGGAUCCUGCCAGUGCCAGCACACCACGGGUUUCCCCUGUCGGAGAGAGGACGCCUUUUGGUGCUGUCCCUGUACUUCUCCUUUCGAAAGGAUCUCUCUGCGCGCCGGGGCGGCGAUGGCGGCGGCGCCGGCGCCCCUGCCGGCGCCCGUCGCAGACUGGUGGGAGCGCGUCAACGGCUCGCCGGCGUGGCAGGACGGGAUCUUCUGGACCCUCGCCGUCCUCUACGGUGCCAUUGCUACCGCCUCAUUCAUCCAAGUUGCCAGGAUACAGUGCAGAGUCCCUGAAUAUGGAUGGACAACCCAAAAGGUCUUCCAGUUCCUGAAUUUCGUGGUCAAUGGGGCCAGGUGCUCUAUCUUUGCUUUCCGUCGCCAAGUGCAACAAGUGAACCCUCCGAUCUUUCAGCAUGUUAUUCUUGAUCUUCCUGGCCUUGCAUUCUUCACUACCUAUGCACUGUUAGCGCUUUUCUGGGCCGAGAUACUUUACCAAGCACGUGGAAUAAUGACUGAUCGACUUAGAUCAGGUUUCUACAUCAUUAAUUGUGUUGUUUAUGCAUUGCAGGGUUUUCUGUGGUUGUGGCUGUGGUGGAAUCCAAAUCAUUCUAUGCUAGUCACUUCUAAGUUAUUCAUUGCAGGGAGGCAACAAAAGCUGAGAGAAGUCGGCAGAGUUGCCACCAUAUGUUUCUGUUGUUUCUCGGCACGAUGCAUAAUGAUGUGCUUCAAUGCAUUUGACGAGGAAGCUGACCUCGAUGUUCUUGACCAUCCAGUUCUGAAUUUGUUCUAUUACCUGCUUGUGGAGAUUCUCCCUUCAUCUCUUGUCCUGUACAUUCUAAGGAGGAUUCCUGCAAAGCUACGGCUAUCCCAGUAUCACCCCGUCAGCAGCAGCUAGAGACGAUGCAUUACCAUCUGCUGAGCCAAAAAUGGUGACUGCUGUCAAGCCAUGAAAAAUCAACUGCAAUGCCCUCUAUAUAAUAUUUGUAUUGGUAGCCUCUCUGCAAAAUAUAUAUAGGGAUAAGACUUGCCUCGGUUAUUUCUUUUCUAGACCCUACUCACAUGGAAGCCAUCCAAUAUUUUUCCUAGCUCACCUAUUGCUAACCCUGUUAGUUCAAUCUGCUAAUUUUAUGAUUUUUAGUGUUUGAGCAUAAUGAAGGAAAGCACCAUUGUAAAAACUGAACUACAUGAAAAGUUGAACAUAGAUUUUUUUUCCCUGGAGAUGAGUUUAACAGUGAGUUGCCCUUUGGAAUCA